CCUGAUUAGCUUUCCCAUGAUGCAAUGCGAAUCUGUCAUGGCUGCUCACUGAUGCUACCUGCAGCACAUGGGCAGAUAUAAACAAAUUAUUACAAUUGAAAUAUAAACGCGGUCAUUAUAACAGUAAAGAUAUAAAUCGGAAAUUCAGUUUUCUUCUCACUCUGGUCCAAAAGUGCCAUAGACGUCAUCAGAAUAAACUUGCUUUUGACGUUUAAGAUGGUGCGGGACGUAGAGAUUCCCGUGCUCCGAGGUUUUCUGACAGCAAGCGAGGCAGCGGAAUGGAAGCAGAAUAUUUUCAGCUCUGCAGAGGCGGGCUCUCUGCUCAAGUGCUUGUUGGACGGGGACUACGAGGCGGUGCUGCUGAGUCCGCAGGUGCUGGACCUCCUGGGUGGAGACGGCGGGGCGGGGGAGGGCAUCGAGGCCCACCUGGAGAAGCAGGUCCUGGCCUAUCUGGCCGACCGCACGGAGGAUGACAAGGCAGACAGGGAGGUGGCUCUGCUGGCCCUGGCUGUCGCCUGUCUGCACCUGUUUGUCCAGAGCAACUGGACCGGACCCCCGGUCACCAUCCAUGUGGCUGACCUUCUGCCCCCAGCCCUGCUCGCUCAAUUCACCGAGCCCCAGGCCCUGACAGACGCCCUCCUGGACAGCCUGCUUCUGGAUGGGGAGUCGGUCUACAGCCUGGUGGCCAACCCCUUCCUCCUGCUUCUGGUCAGGGUCCUACUGGUCAACUGCUCUUCUAAAAUGGACAGCCUUCAGCUGCUGCCGUGGUGGACCCUGCGCUAUCUGAACGUCCACCAGCAGAUCCUGGAGGAGCGCUCCCCUCAGCUACUCAACCUGGCUCACGGCUGCUUGGAGAGAGUGAUGAAGUGCGAGUCCCUGUUUCUGGCCGGAGUCAACCGAUGCCUGGCCAUGCAGUUCCACCUGGAGUGUGGCUACACCAGCCUCACCUACUAUGAGUACCACCCGGCUAAGGAGAGCUUUCAGCGGGCCAAGGAACUCUCAGGCCUGGAAGUGAACAUGACUGGUGCCAUGGGAAAGAGGACCCGCUUCCAGGAGAGCUUCCUGGCCCAGCUCAUCCUGGAGGUCAAGCGCAAGGACGACACCCUCGUCCAAGAGUCUGACUCUGACCGGACCCCCACCCCCACCCCAAUGGCCAGCCUGCCAAAGGACCAUGACCUGGGCGAUGACACGGUGCUCAACCAGAUCAACCUGGCAGAGCCGGGUCAGCAUCAGCUGCCUGACCUGAGCGCUGAGGAGCAGGCCGUCAUUCUGGGCAUCUGCACCGAUUUUCAGAAGAACAACCCCGUCCACAAGCUGACUGAGGAGGAGCUCCUGGCCUUCACCUCAUGCAUCCUGGCCCAGCCUAAGUUCUGGGCAGUGGAGGUGACGGCCCUGUGCCUCAGGACCAAGCUGGAGCGAGGCAGUGGCAGGAGGGUGGAGAGGGCCAUGAUGCAGACACAGACUAUAGUGGACCACUUUGAGACCAAGGGCUGCCCUGUGAUGGAGCGUCUCAAAGCCUUCUACUGCUGUCAAGCCCCACCCAGAUGGGCCGUCCAGAAACAGCUGGCCAGCCUGUUGACCGACUUGGGCUGCACCAGCUCAGCUCUGCUCAUCUACGAGAAGCUGGAGAUGUGGGAGGAUGCUGUCAUCUGCCACGAGAGGAUGGGUCACCAUGGCAAGGCGGAGGAGAUCUUGCGGAGGGAGCUGGAGAAGAAGGAGACGCCCAGCCUGCACUGCCUGCUGGGGGACGUCCUGCGGGAGCCGCAGCACUACGACCGGGCCUGGGAGCUGUCGGGCCGGAGGAGCGCCCGCGCCAUGCGCUCCAAGGCCCUGCUCCACCUGCGCGCAAAGGAGUUCCAGCAGUGUGCCGAGUGCUUCGAGCAGUCGCUCCGCAUCAACCCCAUGCAGCUCGGUGUGUGGUUCUCCCUGGGCUGUGCCUACUUUGCCCUGGAGGGCUACGCGGGAGCUGCCAAGGCCUUUAAGAGGUGUGUGGGACUGGAGCCAGAUAACGCAGAGGCGUGGAACAACCUCUCCACGGCCUACAUUCGCCUGCGCCAGAAGAACAAGGCCUUCCGAACACUGCAAGAGGCUCUCAAGUGUAACUACGAGCACUGGCAGAUCUGGGAGAACUUCCUCCCCGUGUGCAUCGACGUGGGCGAGUUCUCCGAGGGCAUCAAGGCCUACCACCGCCUCAUGGACCUCAGGGACAAAUACAAAGACGUACAGAUCUUGGAGAUCCUGGUGCGGGCGGUCGUGGAGAACCUCCGAGACAGCCACGGGGAGACGAGCUCUUCCCUGCGCUCCAAAGUCCAGGAGCUCCUGGGCCGCGCCACCGCUCGCCACCCCACCGACGCCCACAUCUGGAUGCAGUACGCCAAGAUCUACGGCGACGGACGCAGCCCCAACGCAGACGACAACGAGAAGGCGCUGCAGUUCCUCUCCAAGGCCCACCGGUGUGAGAUGCAAGCCAGCGGCUGGGAAAAGGACACGGGGACCUUCAAGGAGGUGAUCAGGAGAGCCGUAGACAUGGGCACCGUCUGCGUCAGCUGCAGUAAGAUGAAGAGCCGCCCCGAGGAGGCCCUGCAGAUGCUGUCGUCUUCUCGCCUCAGCCUGAGGAGUCUAGCCACCAAAGCCAAGCAACUACACACUGACGUCACUACGGGAGACCUCCAUGAUGAACUGAAGGGCGAUGUUGAAGAGCUGGAGAAGCUCAUCGCCGAGCUGCAGGACCUUGGCGGACAACUGCGUGGCCAAUCGGCGUGAUAAUUCCCCUACACACCCCUUUUUUUUAACUCUAGCCAGCCUAUCAUUGAAUGGACAGUCCUCUCCUCACUCUGUUAAAAAAAUCAUGAUAAUAAUAAUAAUAAAUACAGUCAAUAUCUCUUCAGAGCCACACAUCUCCAGUUGGAACAAACCCAAAAAGAACUUUCCGGAAUUGUAUCGAAAUUGCUCAUGCCUUUUCUAUAAAGUUGCCUUACUUGCCCGCCCCUCCACCCGCCCGCUCUGAGAACUGAGAGCCCAGUGAGGUGAGGAAGCGCGGUGGCCCGGGCCAGGAGAGAUGAGGUGUCGGGAGGGAGAACGGAGGAGCAGCCAGCUCCGUGUGGACGUUCAUCAGCUCAGAGCCAGCGGGCCGUGAAAGUGUCAUCCCGCCGAACUCCCUCACAUCCACACUCUCACUCUGCUCAAACUCCAACUGUUGUGUAGGCAGACACACACACACACACACACUCCUACAGGCUCCCUCUUACACAUGUGCACAUUUGAAGUACACACACACGGACACACACUAGCUCCUCAUCAACAUGCCCUGUGGCGACGGGGGAAACUAUUUCAAGAAUCUUCAGCACAGAUGUGUUUUUCCUCCCAACGGAAAAUGACCUUGACAUUGCUUUUUGUUUUAUCUCCGUUGUUUUUUUAUAGCUAUCAUAGAAGAUGAUGUUUGCCUUUGCCUGUACUGUUUUGACAGUAGAACGAGGAGUAGAGAAUGGUUCUUCGUGGCUCGGCCACGCUUUGAAGGGUGGGCCUAUCAGGGCUGACAGAGAAAUGGGACUUUUGUAAGACCUGAUAGGGAAGGCUGCUCGCCACUACAGUUUCUCAAGUUGUCAAACUAAAGAUGUUGUGGCAAAAACUAAAAAAGCUUUAUUCUUCCAAAGCUUCCACAGUGUGGACAAGGCAUAAUAUUCCAAGGACUGUUGGAUUAAUGCACUUAAACUGUUUCAAAAGUUUUUUUGUUUUUUUUAAGGAUCCAAUAUAUAUUUGCAACUCUGCUUGACUUGUAUACUGUAUGGCAUCCCUCACAUUGUAAAAUAUCUGUUUCCAAAUCAACCCAGAUUACCCCCCAAAUGUCUGUCAUUAAAGAGAAAAUGAGGAACUGCAA